ACUAUUAGUUAACUAACUAUUAGUUAACCUAAACUAUAAAAUUGCAAUCGUAAACUAUCCCAAAUUAUUUCCAAAUGAUAGGAAUUGGUUUCAUUUGGAAAUGCAUUAGUUGCCUGCUAAUUAUACGUCCGUGAAUCGGAGGCAUGGAGAAUAGAGAGAAGGAGGCCGAACGGGGCAGGAGUCGGGGUAAUAAUCACUACAAUUGUAAUCUGCAAAGCUGGAUGGGUAAAAUAGACGUGUGCAUAGCACUUCUUCAGCAUGGAGCGGAUCCAAAUAUCCGCAACACUGAAGGGAAAACGGCUCUUGAACUAGCAGAACCAGCAACGAAGCCAGUAUUAACCGGAGAGCAUCGGAAGGAUGAACUGCUCGAAGCUGCUCGUUCAGGAAACGAGGAAAAACUUUUGCAGCUUCUCAACCCACUCAACGUUAAUUGUCACGCUAGCGACGGGCGUCGCUCCACUCCUCUGCAUCUUGCAGCUGGCUACAAUAGAGCCCGAGUCGUCCAAAUCCUUCUGCAAAAUGGGGCAGACGUUCACGCAAAGGAUAAAGGAGGCCUAGUUCCUCUACAUAACGCAUGCUCCUACGGGCAUUUUGAGGUAAGCGAGGCUCUCCUAAAACACGGAGCAGCCGUGAACGCGAGUGAUCUUUGGGCCUUCACACCCCUGCACGAAGGCGCUAGCAAAUCUCGCGCCGAGGUGUGCUCUUUACUCCUUUCGGAAGGCGCUGAUCCAACGCAACUAAAUUGCCACAGCAAAUCUGCAAUAGACGUAGCCCCAACCCGAGAACUUCAAGAGCGUUUGGCCUAUGAAUACAAAGGUCACUGCCUUCUAGACGCUUGCAGGCAGGCAGAUUUAGUAAAGCUAAAAAAAUAUUCAUCAGCUGACGUCAUCAACUUUAAACAUCCUUACACUGGUGACACCCCGCUUCACUGCGCCGUCGCUUCUCCCUAUCCCAAACGAAAACAAAUAAUCGAGGCUUUAAUUCGUAAAAACGCCUCAGCGAAUGAAAAAAAUAAAGAUUUUCUUACUCCCCUGCACGUUGCAACAGAUCACUCGUACUACGAUGCUAUGGAUGCCCUCCUAAGACACAAUGCUCGUGUGAACGCAUUGGAUGGACUCGGACAAACAGCUCUACAUCGAUGUGCAAGAGACGACAACAUCCAGGCUGUUAGAAUUUUACUAUCCUACAACGUGGACCCAACCAUUGUCUCUUUACAGGGUUACACAGCGACUCAAGUGGCAACUGAGAACGUUCUGAAGAUUCUGGAAAACCCUCCCAGUUGCACAGAGGAUGUCGAAAUCCAGUUGCUUGAGGCCAGCAAGUCUGGCGAUCUAACUGCAGUCGAGAGAAUCCUUCAAGCUAAUCCUCAUGCAGUUAACUGCAGAGACUUGGACGGGAGACACUCGACUCCGCUGCACUUCGCAGCGGGCUACAAUCGAGUCCCCGUAGUCGAGUAUCUCCUGGCAAAUGGCGCCGAUGUUCAUGCUAAGGAUAAAGGUGGACUGGUUCCACUGCACAACGCUUGUUCCUAUGGACAUUACGAAGUCACGGAAUUGUUAGUUAAACAUGGAGCUUUAGUGAAUGUGGCUGACCUCUGGAGAUUCACCCCUUUGCACGAAGCUGCAGCUAAGGGUAAAUGUGAGAUUGUUAGAUUGCUGUUGAGACACGGAGCUGAUGCUUCGAAAAAGAACAGAGAUGGUGCGAUUCCAUUAGAUCUUGUGAGAGAAGGUGAUCAAGAUGUUGCAGAUUUGCUGAGGGGGAACAGUGCUCUUCUGGACGCUGCUAAGAAGGGAAAUUUAGCUAGAGCCCAGAGAUUAGUGACUCAAGACAACAUAAACUGCCGGGAUGCUCAAGGGAGAAACAGUACUCCUCUUCACCUAGCUGCUGGCUACAAUAACCUCGAAGUUGCAGAGUUUCUUUUGGAGCGAGGGGCUGAUGUGAAUGCCCAGGACAAAGGUGGAUUAAUUCCACUCCACAAUGCUUCUAGUUAUGGACACUUGGACAUUGCUGCUUUAUUGAUCAAGUAUAACACCGUGGUGAAUGCUACCGACAAAUGGGGCUUCACCCCACUUCAUGAAGCCGCACAAAAGGGCAGGACUCAACUGUGUGCGUUGCUGUUAGCUCAUGGGGCAGACCCGUUCUUAAAGAACCAGGAGGGUCAGAGUCCUGUAGAUCUAGCUAGUGCUGAUGAUGUUAGAUGUCUUUUGCAAGAUGCUAUGGCUUCUCAGCAGGUCGUUUCUUCGGUUCCGGCAGCAUCUGGAAUUAACGCAAAUGGGAACAGUUCUACUGGAAAUAGAACUUCCAGUAUUGCGUCGGUUGCUGCCACUCCACCACCUAGUUUGACACAAGAAACUGUUAUUAUGCCGUCGGGGGCGCAGAUGAUGCUUUGUGUGCCUGUGGCCAGGCCCACUGCUUGUCUCAGUCCCAUGCCAGCUAUUGAAAGCUGUCAGGAAAGAGACAAAGAUGGAUGCGAGGACAGGGGCUGCGCUGCUGUUACAACGGUUCCUGGAUUCUUGGCGACUUUAGGACUGGAACAUCUGCUUGAGCUCUUUGAAAGGGAACACAUUACUCUGGAUAUCCUAGCCGAGAUGGGGCAUGAGGACUUAAAGCAAGUUGGAAUCUCUGCUUAUGGAUACAGACACAAGUUGAUCAAAGGGAUGGAUAAACUGUUGAAUUCGGCGGUGGGGUCAAUUUGGCAGCCGUCUAUAAACCCUGCAACGCUGUUGGUCGAUUUAUUGGCGGAUGAUAAGGAGUAUCUGGCUGUGGAGGAAGAGAUGCAGAGUACUGUCAGGGAACACAGAGAUAAUGGUCACUCAGGGGGCAUCUUCGAACGAUACAACAUUGUCAGGGUAAUGAUUUCAUUUGUUAAAAGUGAUUUGAUAGCUGCGAAAUAAA